CUGGCAUUCAUUCACCAAGAGUUUGGAAACAACAUACCUAGACUAAGCUGACUUCUUGUUAUUUUACCCGUAAUAUCCUUUGACUAAUUGCCUUCAUACUGUUGAAAAAGGCUCUGCUUUUUGGGUAUUAUAUCAGCACUUGCGGUUGCCUCGUAUUUAGCUCCUGUCAACCAGCUCCCCACAUUCGGCAAGCGAUGCUCCUCUGAGCUACCUACUCUCCAGACAUCACGAAUAUCAUUCAGAAACCUACAUUUUGGUGGAUAGUAACUACGUGAACGCUCAAGGGAACGAGUAGGUUCGCCAUGGCGACCCCAAAGUUCAGCUCCAAGUCGCCUACUAUUCGACGCAUACUUCGUGAAGCAGCUGAAAUAUCCAACUCACCAUCCGCCGAUUACACAGCCGAGCCUCUCGAAUCCGACCUCUUCGAAUGGCACUUUACGCUCCGCGGGCCCCCCAACUCGGUCUACAGUAACGGCAUCUACCAUGGUCGAAUAGUUCUACCUCCUACCUACCCCCUUCGACCUCCUUCUUUCCGAUUCAUGACGCCAAGUGGUCGUUUCGAGGCCAACCGUGAGAUUUGUUUGAGUAUCAGUGGUCAUCAUGAGGAGACGUGGCAACCUGCGUGGGGAGUUCGGACAGCUCUGGUAGCCCUUCGAAGUUUCAUGGAAACAGACGCUCGCGGUCAACUGGGCGGUCUUGAGACAACCGACGCUGUGCGGCAACAGCUUGCUAACGAGUCAUCGACAUUCAAGUGCCCAGCUUGCGGUAAGACAAACAGUGAAAUCAUCCAGGAAUGUGAAGAGCGUGCAAAGGAGGCAUCAUCCAGCGCCCAAGAAGUUGAAGUGCCCAAAGAGCUGAACAUGGGAUGGCGAGAUGAAAUGGGAGCCAAGAAAGAGGGCGAAAACAAAACCGAACAGACAAAUGAUGAUGCUGAGACAGCUCAGCUUGCAGAAGGGUUUGUCCAAACUGUACCGGAUGCUGGUCCUGCUGGUGACAACACUCCGGCCCCUCAACCGCAGAUCGACAACCGGAACCCCACUCCAACCCGAACAAUCCCCCUCCCGGCCCCGGCCCCGGCGGCCCAAGCACAAGUCCAUGCGCCGAUGGCAGUACAGGGCCAACAAGCACGAAGGGCGUCUGACGAUGGUGUACCUUUGUGGCUAGACCGGGCCAUUGUUGUGUUGGUUGUGCUUCUAGUGGCGCUUGUGCUCAAGAUCAUCUUUGCUGUAUGAGCAUCCUCGGCGUAGUCAUUGAGCGUUUGCGUUUGCGUUCGGAUUGGCGUAUGGUGUACUUUUAUCAGAUUUCAGUAAUUUAGGGAGCGAAUUAGAUAUCCAGUUGAAUUGAG